AUGUUAUUUUCUAUAUCUUUUCUUUUGGUAUUUUGGUUAAAAAUAACUGUUUUAGCAGCAGCCGCUCAAACUCCAGAAAGUUUCAAAAUAUGGUCAAUACUUUGUUAUUUAAUUGGUGAUACUGAUCCAAAAUUAUUAACUUCCUUGUUUCCUAUAGUUACACAAUUAGAAGAAUCAUCUCUCAAUGAAAAUAAUGGGGAUUUAAAUCUAGUUGAUUACAUUUCUUAUGUCUUGGAAAUGGAUUUUGAUAGGGCAGAAUUGUCUUCCCUAUUACCUAUAUUUGCCAAAUAUUAUCCUUUGGGAUUAUCCAUUAGUCAACAUAAUAUAUCUUCGAAGACUUAUUUUGAAUUAAAUGGUCAGAAAUAUAAUAAUCCAGAUGAUGUAUUUUAUUUGAAAUCAUCAGACUUAAAAAAGCAAAAGCAACUGGAUGAUUUAGACGAUGCGUUCUAUAAGUAUCCAAUAAUUGGUGAAAAGUUAGAGGCUCCAAUUGUUAAAUUAUAUGGUUGCCCAAUAGAUAAUUCUAAUUUUGAAGAUUUUAAUCGAAAUUUAUAUUCAGAAGCUUCAACUACUGGGAAAUUCAGAUAUAUAUGGAUACCAACUUGUAUACCUGAAGGAAAUUUCUCACCAGACACUUUUUUCAUGUCAGCUACUCCAAUUAAGGUCACAGAUAAGAAAUUUUCUAGACUAGAAUGGAACAAUGAAGAAAUAAAUAUACCUGAUGAUUUGAAAGAAGCAUCUUAUACAGUAUUUAAUCCAACUCCGGAAGACCUAAAAGAUUUAGACAUUAAAGUGGCUUCACUUAUAACUGAUAGAUUCCAAAAACGGAAAAAUAUAAAGGAUAUCAUAAUGUAUACCAAAGAAUUAGUUAAUAAUUUUAUCUUAUUAGGAGAACGAUUAUUAAAGCUAAAUAUUAAUGAGAAAAUCUUGGCAGCAAAUGAGGAAUGGAAAAGUUUAGGUGUUGACUACAAUUUAUUAGGUCUAUAUAUUAACGGUCAAAACAUUAAAUUGACUUCAUUGAAUGAGUAUACUUUAUUAAAUGGUAUUGUUGCAGAAUAUAAGAGAAUGAUCUUCUUAAAAAAUUCAUUAUUGAAUUAUGGUAAAAACCUAAAAGAUGACCUGGUUAAAAAAUUAUUAAAUAAUUUCUCUCAAUUGUCUUUAUCUAAUAUACAAGAAUCACAACCAAUUAAGAUAGAUUUGCACAAGAUACCAGGAUUUUCGGAAAGUAUUAUUUACUUUAAUGAUAUUGAGAUAGAUGCGCAAUAUAAUGAAUUAUCUUCAGAUAUUGGUGUAUUUUUUGACAAGACAAAAUACGGUGAAAUCCCUGAGUUAAGACAGAAUUGGAAUGAAGUUGUCUUUGCUAUUAAUUUUAAUAGAUUAGAAGAUGAUAUUACAAAAGAAGCUUUACUGGGUAUGCUCAGGGCUAUUGAAGUUACUUUACAAGGUUAUCCACAACGAAUUGGGCUUUUACCUAUAUGUGAUGACGAAAAGAUUCUAAGUAAAAUCUAUAAAUUGAAAAAUAGAAAUCUAGAAAAUCUAACUAAAUUUCUUGAAGGCUUACUUGAAGGCAAAAAGCCAAAAAGUUUAACAACUGAUAUCGAUAUUCCCAAUGUAAAGGCAAUUACUGAAGAUCUUCAAAUUAGAGAUAAUUAUAUUAUUGUUAAUGGUGAGAUAUAUCCAUUUCUAGCUAAUACUUGGCGUUAUCUAAUUACUAGAGUUACUAAGAAAGAUAUUGAUGCAAUUAGACGUGGAUUGAAGAAAUAUCAUAAUAUGAAUGAUAAAAACAUCAACGUAAGAGGUAUACUUCAUUUGGCUUCUACCGAUACCAGGCAUUUUAAAUAUACACCCGAUUAUUUCGUUGAUGCAGAUUAUACUCCAAUUAACAACUUCGCAUUAAGUUCGAUUACUGAUAGAGUACUUGAAUAUAUCAAUAAUGAUAAUUAUAACACUUUACACACAAUAUCAUUAGUUGGUGAUAUUGAUGAGGAAGAUUUUAUAAGAAAUAUUAAUAAUGCAUUAUCAAUAGGAUUUGAUGGUGUUCGUAUCAGAAUCAUUCAUACAGGGUCCAUAUCAUCUCGAAAUUGGAAAUUACUAAAGAGUUCCAAAAAAUCUGAUCUAGUUAACAUCUUAACUGAUUUGAAAGGUGCAACUAAUAAAAGUAAAACAAAAGAUGAAUUACAAAGAAAUAUUUUUAAAGAUUGGCUAUUAGAGAUCAAUGCUGAUAGAUUAUUAUCUUCAAGCUUUAUUACACUUAAUGGUCGUUUUAUCCAUUUAAAUAAGAAUGAGAUUAUCUCCUCCAUCCAGUUCAAAUCAUUAGUUAUGCGUGAAGCCCGAAGAACCUUGGAUUGUAUUAAGGCAUUAGAUACUAUUAUUCCAGAUUAUUCAGAACAACGGGUUGACGCUGAUUUCAUUGAAUCAAUUACUUCAAUUUUAAGUAAAUUAUUUUAUCAAGGUACAGAUUAUUUCCAUAAUGGUAUUGAAUUCACUGCAGAAACACAAUUAUCUAGAGUGGAUUUUUCUGGUCUCUUGAGUAAAAAAAUUAUUACCAAUUUGAAUGAUAAAUCUAAAUCUGACGAAUUAAUUGAUUUAUUACUUGUCCUUGAUCCUUUGGAAGAAAGAACUCAAAAGAUUUUGAGUUUAGUUAAUGAAAUUUCAUCUUUACCAUUUGUUAAUAUUCAAUUAUUAAUCUUACCUACUAAAGAGUUGACUAUCAAUCCAAUUAAUAGAUUUUAUGGAAAUAAUAUGAAAUCAAUAGUUAAUGAGAAACAAUCAUUUUUCGACAUUGAAUAUGACAUUCCAUCAAUGGUAAUUUUAAAUGAGGAAAAUAAUAAAUUUGAAGGCCUAGAGAUUAUUGUACAUACUUUUAAUUUUGAAGAGCCUAUAAUUAGUAGCAAUGUAGAUGGUCUAUCGGGAAUUUGUUUAGAACUUGUUGAUUCUGAUGGCAAUGUUGAAUCACAGACUACAACAAUGAGUACCUUUGGAUAUGGUAGAUUUGAAGUUCAUAAUCUUUUGAACAACUACACCAUAAGAUCCUGCGAUCCUAGAUAUGAAGUAGAUUCAUUUUCUAUGGAUUGUCGUUCAGAUUACAUACCACAAACUCAUAUUAGUAUUGCUUCAUUUAGUCCAAAGAAGGUAUUUGUCAAAUUAAAAGAAACAGGUGAAGAAGUAAUUUCGAAUGGAAAUACCAAUAAUAAUUACUUAAAUAUUUACACAGUCUUAAAAACUGAAGAAGAUGAAGAAUUAUAUAAAGAAAUGGUAAUUAAAUUAAUGUCUAGCUUAAAAGAAGAUCAAAGAUUAAGAUUUUGGGUAAUAAAAGAUAAAUUUUCCAAUAAUAUGGAAACUUUCAGAAAAACACUAGACGUUAUCGAUAAAGAUCAUUCCCAAAUUGAAUUAAAUUUCAUUAAAUUUAACUGGCCAUACUGGUUAAGACCACAACGGUUUAAGAAUAGAAGAUUAGAUGUUUCGAAAAUGAUCUUUAAUGAUAUACUAUUUAAACCUGAUGUUAAUCACGUUGUAUACAUGGACCCUCAACAAGAACCUUUCGAUCCAUUUCAACUCUAUGAGUCAGAAAAGAUGAAGAAGGGACCAUUUGUUAUUACAAGAAUGCGUGGAAAAGGUUAUUGGAACGAAGGAUAUUGGGACAAGAUGCUAAAGGAAAAGAAAUUGAGAUUUCAUAAUAUACAUCCUGGGUUCCUAAUUAAUUUGAACACCUUAAGAGAGACUCAUGGUUCUGAUAAAUUGCGUGUCCAUUACCAACGACUCUCUGGGGAUGUCGUGUCUCUAAACAAUAUCGAUCAAGAUCUGAUCAACGAUAUCCAAUCAGAAGUUGGAAUUUCUCCUCUGCGCAGAACAUUACUAGCACCAAUGGCCCUAGAUGACACUAAAUACUCACAUUUAAAGAGUAAAUUCGAAUCUUCAGCUAAAAGCUUAAAUAUACAAGAGACUACACUAGAAACUCUCAAUCCUUAUCCUGAUGAUUUACUUGAUGAUGACUUAGAAGAUAAUGGCUCAGAAGAUAAUGGCUUCUUUGAACAAGAUGAAUUGUAG